AGAAAAUAAAACUCCUAAUCAAAAUGUAAAGUGUUGUGCUAAUGAUCGAGAAAACAAAUAUAAAAAAAGAGAAAAAGAAACUGUAGAAAAGUAUAAGAUGUGUCUCAGAAGAGACUAUGAAUAA